UUGCGUAGAAGUUAGUACAGAUAUUCAAAGCGCAAAGUCAACGCAAACAGAGAGUAGCUCUCGACGAAACAGAAUCAAGAAUGAAGACAGUCGUUCUGUGCUGUAUUCUGAUUGUUGCCGAGUUUUCUAUUGAAAGUAUCUUUGGAGAUGAAUCUGGUGCAUGCUUGGCAGGAAGACUUGUUGAAUCGUGCACUACUACAGUUCGAUACUUGCAGGAGGAAAUGAAGAAAAUGCAGCAGUCAUUCAAUGAGAAGAUCGAAGAACUACUAGAAAAAGGAAGGAUGCGAGACCGAGAGAUAGAGGAAUUGCAAUCUCAUUCAGUGCAACAAAAUUCAACAGUCAAUGGACUUUCAACGCAAAUUGAUAACUUGAAAUCAGAUGUUACAACAAUACAAUUAAUUGACUCCGAGCAAGACGUCAAUAUACAGGACUUGUCGGUUUCUAUUGAUGGAGUGAAUGAUACAUUACAAAAACAAGCUCAAGAUCUCCAAACAACUGAAGAGAAUUUGUCUUCAUCUAUUGAUUACCUACAAACAAAUUUUGUAGAUCUCAAUCGCACUCUUACUAACUUGAGUGCGGCUACUCCUUUGGGUCACGUGUUUGGUAACGGCGCUACUAACUCAGCGAACAGUGGAGAUGUAAGUCAAUGGACAACAGCCACUUUGAUUGACUAUUUACCCAUCUUGAAUGGAGGAAUGUCAUUCGACAGAACAGCAUUCACCGUUCCAGAAGACGGAAUAUACUAUAUAUACGGGAUGGUGACGAUUCAGCACGACGGAGUGCAGACAUGUGGCUUUUCUCUAGCUGUCGGCGCUGUUACUUACUUGACUGCAAACGAUCAAAGUGUCAGUGGUGCUCAACAAAGUCUAUUUGGCAGUCAAGUUCGAAAACUACAGACAGGAGACAGGGUGUUGAUGACAACCAAGAAUUGUAAAUACAACUUUGGCAUUGAUCGAGCUUACUUUGGCCUUUACUUGCUCCAACGUGGACUUUGAAAAAUCACUGAGGCAAGCCAGACGUUAGUAGUGAUGGGUGUUAGGUUUGUGUUUAGCUGGAGAUGAUUUUGAAUGAUCUAAUUAGACAACUUAGAACUGAUGCGAUGAAGUUAGCGAUCUCUGUCGUCCAUUUGCUGUUGCACUUGUCUCAAUAGGAUUUAAAUCGAGUUUAGAUGUUUGCGCUACAAUAUUGUGUGACUUAGUUGCCAGUGUCAGUAGCCCAAAUCUACAUAAAACGUA